UUUUGAUUUUAAAUUUAAGUUACAUUUUGCGCACAAAAUUCUGGGGUCUGGUGAGGGGCUCAUCAAUAACAGCUCAAUGUUGCCUUAGUUGAAAAUGAUACAAAAUGAAAAUUAAGACUUUCAGAGAGCACAGCCCCCCUGAUACCAGUGACGAAGAAUAUGAUGAAGAAUACUCCAGUACAUCAAAGCAGAAAUCGUCCGAAAAAAUUCCUCAUAAAACCCAUUUUUCAAAAAAAUUGAAUAAAGCACAGUACAGAAAUAGUAUAGAUGCUAAUCAAGACCCCAGAAAACAUAAAAGAAAACAUAAAUCCGAAUUUUCUACAGAUGAAGAAUCUGAUUUAGAAUCAGGCAAACAUAGAAUAAAAUCUAAAACUGAACUUUAUAAUGAUGAAGACGAAUUUGAAAUAAAACCCAAAAAUCGUAAAAGAAAAUCUAAAACCAAACUUUAUAGAGAUGAAGACGAAUAUGAUUUAGAACCCGAAAAGCAUAAGAAACAAUCUAAAACCAAACUUUAUAGAGAUGAAGACAAAUAUGAAUUAGAACCCAAAACGCAUAAAAGAAAAUCUAUAACCAAACAUUAUAGAGACGAAGAUGAAUAUGAAAUAGAACACAAUAAACAUAAAAGAAAAUCUAAAACCAAACUCUUCACAGAAGAUAAUGAACCCAAAGUAAAACACAAUAUACAUAAAAGCAAGUCCAAAACCAAACUUUAUGCAGAUGAAGAAGAAUAUGAACUAGAACCCAGAGAACUUAAAAGAAAAUCAAGAACUGAACUUGAUACGAUAGAAGAUAUCGAAUCCGAAAUUGGACCAUCAAAAAGAUUUUACCAGAGACAGAGAAGCUUAUCAAAUAUCAACUUACAACCCAAAAAACUGUCGAAAUCGAAAACCAAAAUAGACUCUACUAAAAAUAAAUAUAAAAACCUUAAAACAGAAUACACUAAUGUAGACGGCGACGAUGAUUCGGAAACAGCAAUUGAAUUGCUUCAAGGAUUGCAAAGCCUUGCAACUGUCAUUCAGCCACAGAGUGGAAAUGUUUUUCAAUUUUUAGGUUGGGUUGUUUAUCAGUUCAUGCACUAUGUCAGGUCCUAUACGUGGGGUACAUAGGAUAUGUGUGUAAAUACAUGUCAGACUAUGAGUCUCUUGAAUCCAAUUUUGAGAGUGCAGGUCGUUUUAAACACAAAUGAUCUAAACUUUUCUAUCUAUACCUAUUUAAGAUAUAAUUCAAUCACAACAAAAAUCAAACAGAAAAUAACGUAACUUAACUAAAAUUUGUAUUAAGUAUUGAUCAAUAAGUGAAUAUUAAGAUUUACACGAAAUGGUAUGGAACACCUAUGUAUAUCAAAAGGGAUUCUUGUGCUUAAAAGAUUUUAGUUUUAUAGUUUUAUUGUUAACUUGAAAACUAAGAAAUGAAUAAUACAUCAUUUACAGAAUAUGUCACUCUGUAUCACUUUUAUUAUCGUCAUACGCUUACUUCUGCGCCAGAGGACAGACAGCUAUAAUAUAGAAACUAUACUCCUUAUUAGCUCCAAAAGUUUAGUCAAUAAAAUGUUCUUCAAUUAUUUUA